GACAGAUGCGCACUGAGUGAGUGCGGGAGCAAAGCUUUGCAAAGAAUACAAGGGAUUCCGUCCUACAGCACAGGCACGAGAGAGACACACAUUCAACAAAGGGAGAAGUGUUUUGGAAUAUCUGCAUCAGUAAAUAACUCAAUAAAAGUGUAUAGAUUAUUAAUAUAUUGAUCCUGGUGACCAUGCUGCUGGUGUUUUUGUUGCUGAUGCUGGCCUGCUGUUCUGCUGCACCAACGGGCAGAGAAGUGACCCGGCUUCCCCAGAGCGCCCUGCAAGCCCUGUCAGAGAGGGGCACAGUGGUGUUGGAGGCUGCCCUGGCUGGUGCCCUCUCAGCUGUGAAUGUCGCCGUGUCGGAGAGCAGUCGGGUGGAGCGGGAGUGUGAGGGCUGUGCACCCUGCCUGUAUCAGGACUGUGGACAGUGGAGCGGUCCCUGCGUAGCUGCCCCAGCAGUCCCGCCUGCGGAGCCAAGCUGCGAGGAGAUUGGGCAAGCGCAGGGCCAAUCAGAUGAGAGGGAGCGGAACUGGGCGCUGAGUCAGACGUGCCGUUUCUACCGGCGGCGCUGCCCAGCUGAGGAGAGCUGUCUGAGAGUAAUGAGGGAGAGCUGCAGCGCACGCGUUCUGCAGUGCAGUUUAAUGAACACCGUGAAGAAUUUAGAACCCGUUUUCUCUACUAAAACCCAAGGAGUGUGUGGCCGGCAGGCAGUGGUUUCCAAUGUCACGCAGCCUCGCUCCCGUAUCAUGGGGGGGUCUCCAGCGGCCCUGGGGGGGUGGCCCUGGCUGGUGUCGCUGCAGCUGGACGGAGGGAUGAUGUGCGGGGGGGUGCUGGUGGACAGAUCCUGGGUGCUGACUGCGGCUCACUGCUUCACCGGGAGUCGUAAUGAGAACUCGUGGAGCGUGGUGGUAGGAGAGUACGAUCUCACCCAGACUGACCCUGAGGAGCAGGUCCUGCAGGUGAAUCGCAUCCUCACGCACCCCAAGUUUAACCAGAAGAGCUUCAACAAUGACAUUGCGCUGGUGGAGCUGACCUCUUCAGUGCCCGUGUCCCGUCACGUGGCCCCUGUGUGCCUCCCGUCAGCAGAAGGGGAGCCCGCUGUCGGCACAGCCUGCUACGUGGCAGGCUGGGGCUCUCUGUACGAGGAUGGCCCCUCUGCAGAUGUGGUGAUGGAAGCCAAGGUGCCAGUCCUGUCUCAGGGCACCUGUAAGAGCGCACUGGGGAAGGAGCUUCUCACCAGCACUAUGUUCUGUGCAGGGUACCUCUCUGGGGGCAUCGACUCCUGCCAGGGUGAUUCGGGGGGCCCUCUGAUGUGCCAGGACCCUCAGACUGGCCUCUUCCAGCUCUAUGGGAUCACGUCAUGGGGGAACGGCUGCGGGGAGCGAGGGAAGCCUGGCGUGUACACUCGCUUCACAGCCUUCUCAGACUGGGUCAGCACAGAGAUACAAAAGGCCUCUGGGAGCCGGGAGCCUACCUGUCCUGAGCUGUUGAAGGCAGAGCAGAAGAGGUCAGAGUUCGGCCACCUGUGCCAGUUCUACACUGGCUCCUGCCCGCCCUCGUUGGGGGACACUGCCUGCACCCGCCUGGCUGAGGAGAAGUGCCACAGCCAGCACAAGAAGUGCCAGCUGCGUUCGUUCCUGCAGACCCUGCUGGAGCUGCUGCGUCAGGCGGAGGAUUUCAUCAGAGACAAGGUGGACCUGACCUUCUUCACACAGACCCUGCCGCAGUUCAUGGAGCAGAUCUACAGCAGCACCUUCGCUAGGCGAGAGCGCAGGGACGCUCCCUCACAGACAGAGCAGGUCCAGGAGACUGCACUGCCCCAGCAGACUGCCCCCCACCCCCCUGCCCUGUUCGGUGGGGUGGGGCCACGCAUGGAGGACUGGGUGGAGUACCUCAGAGGGAUGGCAGAGGACCUGGAUAAAGACCCCAUUGCCGGAGAUGCUAAGACACUGGGGCUGGAGGAGCAGCUGUUUCUUCAGGAGGAUGCCUCAGAGCUGCAGAGCCUGGAAGGAGACUAUCGCUCUCUAAUAAACACAUUGCGAGUGCAGCUCGGCUCCAGCAGCACUGAGGAUCGGAUCAGCCUGGAGGAAUCCACAGCGUUCACUGUGUCACACAGACCUGCUGCAGCCUCCUCAGCACCCAGUCCAGCCACCCAGUCUGCAGGGCCUUCCUCUGACCUCAGAGGGGAGAAUCGGAGGAAACGCUGGGCCAGGCACAGGAGGGAAGCACUGGGGGAAAACAGCAAGGGUUGCCCCGCGCUCAGAGAGGCUGCCCUCCGCGUCAGUCUGCUGAGAGAAAUGCACUGCUGGAUCCUCGGAAUCCCCCCCCACAGCCUCUCCAUGUCCUUCCAGGAGGUCCUGGUGGACAUGGCCUCGAAGAAUCAGAAGGGUCUGUACGAGGCGCGGGUUCACGCCACCGUGGGGGGGCACCAGGUCACCUUCUACAGUCUGGUGGGGCUGGAGAGCGACUCGUUCUACCGCAGCGUGCCGAGGGUCAUCGCACUGGCGCUGGACGCCACCAAGACGCAAGGCAGGAGCAGCAGAGCAGCAGAGCAGCAGAACGAGCCAGAGAAACCGCAAGGCAGGAGCAACAGAGCAGCAGAGCAGUGGAGCGAGCCAGAGAAACUGCAAGGCAGGAGUAACAGAGCAGCAGAGCAGCAGAGCGAGCCAGAGAAACUGCAAGGCAGGAGUAACAGAGCAGCAGAGCAGCAGAGCGAGCCAGAGAAACCGCAAGGCAGGAGCAACAGAGCAGCAGAGCAGUGGAGCGAGCCAGAGAAACUGCAAGGCAGGAGUAACAGAGCAGCAGAGCAGCAGAGCGAGCCAGAGAAACCGCAAGGCAGGAGCAACAGAGCAGCAGAGCAGCAGAACGAGCCAGAGAAACCACAAGGCAGGAGUAACAGAGCAGCAGAGCAGCAGAGCGAGCCAGAGAAACUGCAAGGCAGGAGUAACAGAGCAGCAGAGCAGCAGAGCGAGCCAGAGAAACUGCAAGGCAGGAGUAACAGAGCAGCAGAGCAGCAGAGCGAGCCAGAGAAACCGCAAGGCAGGAGCAGCAGAGCAGCAGAGCAGCAGAGCGAGCCAGAGAAACCGCAAGGCAGGAGCAGCAGAGCAGCAGAGCAGCAGAGUGAGCCGGAGAAACUGCAAGGCAGGAGCAACAGAGCAGCAGAGCAGUGGAGCGAGCCAGAGAAACUGCAAGACAGGAGUAACAGAGCAGCAGAGCAGCAGAGCGAGCCAGAGAAACUGCAAGGCAGGAGUAACAGAGCAGCAGAGCAGCAGAGCGAGCCAGAGAAACUGCAAGGCAGGAGUAACAGAGCAGCAGAGCAGCAGAGCGAGCCAGAGAAACCGCAAGGCAGGAGUAACAGAGCAGCAGAGCAGCAGAACGAGCCAGAGAAACCGCAAGGCAGGAGUAACAGAGCAGCAGAGCAGCAGAGUGAGCCGGAGAAACUGCAAGGCAGGAGCAGCAGAGCAGCAGAGCGAGCCGGAGAAACCACAAGGCUGGGGCUAGCCAGUCACUGACCACACAGUAUUGCAUAUUUAAUACUUAAUACAGAACCCUGCAAGAACAAUGUGUCACUGGAGGAAUCGGAAGGGUUCUCCUAGGGUGCGAUCCAGACCAGUCAUUUCUGUGAGCUACACUGAAGGAAGUCAUGCUGUUAUAUAUAUACUGAGUAUCAAAAGAAACUUAUCACUUAUAUUUGGAUAAAAUUCACUAGAAAAAUUCAUUGAAAAAUCAUAUUCAUUGAAAAAUGACAAACUUUCUUUUAGAGCAGGUGCAGUGACUUUUUAUUGUGCUGAUUAAUAAUUGACAUCACAAAGGUGCUGCAAAAUAAUCUGUCGAUCUUGGGCAGGUGUUGGGCAGGUGGGUAGGUGUUAUGGCUCUUGGUGUGUCUGGUUAUACCAUCUCGCCAGGUUUGAAAUUGCUGGCUGUGAGCACCCAAGAUGGCGAGCCAGAGUACGCUGCCCUAGUCCAGCCUCCAACAUGCCGAUUGCACGAAGGCGCUGCUCUCUUGACAGACAGCAUAUUGUUUUUUUCCGUGAUUUUCUUUAUUGCUUUUAUUCAAGCUUGCAAUUCAACAGCUGAAAUCACUCCAUAUCCAGCGUCCAAUCAACUGUCUCACUAAUGAGGUGAUUAAGUGCAUAUGCUUCAGUCAUAGUCACUCAAGCGUGUCAUGGUCAAGGAUGAAUGAUCGAGUGAUUAAAAAGAAACCAAAAGCAUGUUGUCAAUGUCCAUCAUUUAUAUACCUUAUUUUUUUCGAAAAUAAAUGUGUUAUAAUAGUGAUAAGUUUAUUUUGAUGUUCAGUGUGUGUGUGUGUGUAUAUAUAUAUAUAUAUAUAUAUAUAUAUAUAUAUAUAUAUAUAUAUAUAUAUAUAUAUAUAUGUUAAUAGCAGUGUACAGCUGUUUGUAUAUGUAUAUUUUUAUAUUGUAAGCUCACCCUUUCAAAACGUUGGAAAUCUAAUUUCUAAUUUGACUGCAGUUUCCAAUAAAUAUUUAUUUGUA